AUGAAUUCCAGCAACUGGCUUUCUUUCCCUCUUUCUCCUGCUCAUCCUUCUCUGCCACAUCAGCCCCACCACUUCUCAUUAGGGUUAGUCAGUGACAACAUUGAAACCCCUUUCCAAAAUCAAGCUUAUGGGGAUUGGAACUUGAUCAGCGGUCAGGAUCAGGCGAGCGAGGUCCCUAAAGUGGCGGAUUUUCUCGGGGUUUGCAAGUCGGACAAUAACCAGUCGGACCUCGUUUCGUACAACGAGAUCCAGUCUGGAGGCCCCGACUAUCUGUUCUCGACCGGGAGUUUGGUGACCGUGCAGCACACGCUGGCGGGGCCCACGGGCUUCGAGGGCGGGUGCAAUAUGCAGCAGCUGACACUGUCGAUGGGCAGCGGCAAGGGCUCGACUAGUGAGACGAGCGCUAGCGUCACUGCCAGUGCAGACAACAAUAGCAACACGGCCAGCAUUGUGGAGGCUGCUGCUGCAGCGCCUAGGAGGACCUUGGACACUUUCGGACAAAGAACUUCUAUUUAUAGAGGUGUUACAAGGCAUAGGUGGACGGGGAGGUAUGAAGCACAUUUGUGGGAUAAUAGCUGCAGAAGGGAAGGCCAAUCAAGAAAAGGUCGUCAAGGUGGUUAUGAUAAGGAAGACAAAGCUGCUAGGGCAUAUGAUCUGGCUGCACUCAAAUACUGGGGAACUUCCACUACCACUAAUUUCCCAAUUAGCAACUACGAGAAGGAGUUAGAGGAGAUGAAGCAUAUGACAAGGCAAGAAUUUGUGGCCUCAAUUAGAAGGAAGAGCAGUGGGUUCUCUAGGGGAGCAUCCAUGUACCGUGGGGUAACAAGGCACCACCAGCACGGGAGGUGGCAAGCCAGAAUAGGCCGAGUAGCCGGGAACAAAGAUCUCUACUUGGGAACAUUCAGCACGGAGGAGGAGGCGGCGGAGGCGUACGACAUCGCGGCCAUAAAGUUCCGCGGCCUAAACGCGGUGACCAACUUCGACAUGAGCCGCUACGAUGUGAAGGCCAUCCUCGAGAGCGCCGCCCUCCCCAUCGGCGGCGGGGCCGCCAAGCGCCUCAAGGAGGCCCAGCAGGCCGUAGUCGAGUCCUCCCGCAAGCGCGACCUCCACCACGACCUCAUCUCCGCAUUUCCCUACGUGGGCCCCACCACCACCACAACCCAUACAUACCCACUCACUCAGCAGCAGCCGUUCGACCUCCCCCAGCCGCUGCUAUCCCUGCACCAGAACACGGAUUACACGCACGACUACGCGUCGUAUGUUCAGGCGCAGCUCCAGCAGCAGCCGGCGUACCAGAGUUAUAAUGCGGCGGCCCAGUUGUACGGAGGGUACAACAUGCUGCAGCUGCACGGGCUGAUGGCGGGGGGAGGGUCCGUGGGCUCGUCGGCCGUGGUGGAUCACAACAAUAAUAACAACAACAAUGGUGGGGGGUUUCUUGGGAUGGGGCAGACGAAUGGGUCGGGAGAGGAGCUGGCGCUGGUUAAAGUUGACUACGAUCAGAUGGGGUCGGGCGCGGCGUAUGCCGGGUGGACAGGAGAGACCUUGCAGGGGUCUAAUCCGAGUGUGUUCAGCAUGUGGAAUGACUGA